AUGGAUAUAGAAUAAGAAAGAGAGAAGAAGUAGAAGUACUUAUGCAAAGAAAUCUUAGAUAAGAACUAUGAUUAAAAUGAAUUUGAGAAUUUUUGCAGAGAAUCUAUGAUGAGUGCUAAUUUUGGUGGAGAAAUUCAUAUAGAUAUAGAUAAGUUAGAUUUUUUAGAGUUGAAGUUGAUAGUAAAAAACUUUCAAAGGUAGGCAAAAACAUUGGAUGAAUAAAGAGAAUAAAAUGAAUUAUCUUAACAGGUAGCAUAUGAUGAGAAUUACAAUAUUUACUAGUAGCAAAAUGAAGGCUAGUAUGAGCAAUUUUAGGAAGUAGAUCAUAUUGAAGAAUAGUUGCAUGAUAAUUAAGCAGAUCAUAAUGAAGAUUUUUAGUAAGAUAAUCAAGAAGAUCAAUAAAAUGAAAUUUAAUAUGAAUAACAAUAAGUCUAAGAAGAAAUCACAUAGAACUAAAGCGAGGAAAUAUAAAAUAACUAACAUAAUGAAGAGCAUCUUGCUAAUUCUCAUAUAAAUGGAUAAGAAGAAGAGCAUGAAGAGGAUCUCUUUGAAAAAUUUGAUGUAAUUCAAUGCUAAAAGUAGUUAGUGAGCCCAGGCAAUGAAAAUAGUAUUAGAGACAGAUCUUCUACGGAUAUAGCAUUUGAAAAAUUUCAGUAAAACCUAGUAUCUACUCCAAAUAAUGAUUUCCAAUCCAACAUUUGGCAAAUGCCAGAUUUUUCUGACAAUAAAGUUCAAGCUCAAAAUAUAUAAAGCAAUUAGGUUUCUAGUUAAGUAUAAGAUCCCUUUUAAUAUGUUGGCUUUGAUUCAUUUGACAAGUAGAAUCCUUAAAAAGAAAGCAAUUAAGAUCAAGCUGAUUAGAUAAAAAAAAAUUCGAUCUCAAGUAAAGAAAAUCAAUAGCAAGUUUAGUAAGUGACAAGUAAAAUAAAAGAAGAUUCCAGUGUUUAGAAUGACCAAAAUGCAGCUGUUACAAGAAACAGAAGCUCUGCAUCAAAUACAAUAGAUAAUGGGACAGCAAAUAAUCAAGCUGAUGUUAGAGAGAAAAAAAGCAGUAGUAAUGCUUCAGUUGAUAGCUCUUAGUUGCAAGAAAUAGAAUUUUAAAAAUAAAUGGAGGAGUUUAAAGCAAAUGAUUUUAAGACUUUGAAAUAACUUAACGUGUACAGUGCAGGAUAAUAGCCAGAAGUUAUUGAAAGCAAUAAUAUUAUUAAAAUUCAAUGCAAAAGAUUGGGCUAAAGCUUAAUUUCAACAAAGAAACAAGUUAAUGUUUAUAUAUCAAAUAUUAAAUAAGUAUAGUCUGGUCUCUUUGGAUCAGUUACCACCUAUUAUGUAAUACAAACUAAACCUUUUGGAUGGGAAGUUAACAGAAAAUUAGAAGAUUUCUAAUGGCUCUAAGCUAUUUUGACAAAAAUGUAUCCUGGAAUUGUUAUCCCUAAAUUGAUUUAAGCCAAGAAAAUAAAAACAGAAAAGCAAGAAAAGAACAGAAAAACAUACUUAGAGCAUUUUCUAAACUUAUUGGUUUAAAAUAAAGAUUUAAAGAACAGCAAGUUCAUUUUAGAUUUCCUUUCUAUAACUGAUGACAAAAUAUACAAAGAAAAAAUUAAAGAAUCAGAUAAAUUUCCUAAACCAAAGAACAUUGCUUAUAUUCUAAAUCAUGAUGGCUUCGUCAGAUUAGAUUACAGUAAAUUAGAAAGCAAAUUAGUUGACGAAGCUCUAAACACUUACUUAGAUGUAAAUGAUGGUUACUAUAAAAGACUGAAAAAGCUCUCAAAAGACUUGAUGAGUUAAUUAUAAGUUGUGUCAAAUACUCUCUUCGAUAUAGGUUCAACCUUUACCAACAUUUACCAAAACACUAUUCAUUUCAAGCAGCAAGUAUAAAACCACAACAAUAUAUAAUUUGAUUAAAUUCUUGAUACGUAUAAAAUUAUGAAUAACAUAAAUAUGAUGCAGGCAAAUAGCAUAAAAGAUCAAAUUAGAAGCAUAGAGAACCACUACUACCAUUUUUUCAAAUUCUAAAAAGAAAAUAACUUUUCAAUUAAAACACUUUCAAAGUUAAAAACUCAGAUGUAAGACGAAUAUUCAAAAAAGAUAAGUAACAAAAGUAUGCUCAAUAGUUUAAAAAAAACAUUUUCCUCUAAUGGUAAUGAAUCAAUAGAUGCCCCUUCUAAAGAGCCAGAAGUUUUGAAAGAUUAGAUUGCAUUUUACACCUACUAAUUGGAUAAGUAAAUAACAAGCUAGUUUUAUGAUAAAUCUAGGUCUUACGCUAAUGAAUUUGGAAUGUACGCUAAUCUUUCCUAAUGCUUUUAAUCAGAGAUGAAGCUGUUUUGGCAAGAUGUUUUAAAAUCUUUAGAGCUGGUGAAGCAGUCUUGUUAAGGGAAGAAGAUGGGUCCUUUAAAAAUAGAUAUGAUGAAAAAAAUAAAUUGA